CAACUCUGCCGCUGAGAAGCUGGUCGGUCUUGCGGAUGUGACCCCUACUGCGUGGCAUGGGUGUGAACUUGCGGAAGUGUGCAAAGACGAUGUUGUUGGCGUCUGGGGCUGUGGCGCAAUUGGUCUCUCGAUCCAACGUUUGUCCAAGCUUCGUGGAGCCCGAAAGGUCUACGCUGUCGACAAAGACGUCAACCGACUCAAGAUUGCAGAAUCUUUUGGCAUGAUCCCCGUCAAUGUCAAUGAGCACUCGGAUCCGGCGGACUACAUUCUUUCCAUUGAACCGCAUGGCCUGGACCGCGGUAUUGAAGCAAGUGGCUUCAGGAGCACGAACUCGGUCGUCCAUAACACCAUGAGGAAGCUAGGUAUUGAGGGCGAUAGCUCAGAUACUGUGAGCGCUGUGAUCAAGGCGACGCGCAAGGGUGGAAACAUCGCUUUGAUUGGCGACUUCUUCUACUCGACCAACAAUUUUCCGAUUGGAAUGAUGAUGGAAAAGGCAAUUACCGUACGCGGUGGGCAGCUAUACGCCGAGAAGUAUUUCCCACUCCUUCUAGACUUCGUUGUUAAAGGCCAAUACGACCCCUCGUUCGUGUUCACGCACAAGGAUAAGUUGGAGAAUAUCUCGGAGGCUUAUGACAAGUUCUUCAAUCAUGAAGUACCAGGAGGGCUAAAGGUAUGCAUUUCGACUCCCUUUGGCCGAUCCCAGGAGGGUUAG